ACCUACAUCACGAGAACACGGCGUAGGCCACAUCCCAAAUCAAAGAUUCAAAGAACUCGUUAAAACACUUCAACUGGUCCAAAUCCUAUCGUCUUCUUCUUAAACUACCUUAUUGCCUGAUUGAGAAUUAUAUAUUCUUGAUUUUCAAAUUCUUUUGCUCCUUCCCUUCGCCCCUUUUCUUCCACUUUCUUCACGCGACAAACAACGUGAUUACCGCCGUUGGUCCUAUUACCGAGAAAGGGCGUGGUCUAGGUCCCCCCAGCUGUACAGAAACUCAACAAGCGAUCAGAUCAGGUGAUAAUAUCAAUCAGGGUUCAGACAUACAUACAUACAACGUCCAACGCCCCUACACCAUCCAUUCACACGAAUCAUAACGCGUAGAGCGCCACUAGCCGUCAAAUGUCAAUUGAGAUGGCCGACCAGGCGGAUUUCGAUCACUCGGGAUUGCAAGAGGUAGCCAAUGCUGUGCGAAACAACUCGGGAGCAGACGAUAUCCUUGGCUCUGCGAAUCAGAAGCGGAAGCGUGAGGUGACAGACCAGGACGGGUCAGCUGAUGCUUCGAGGCGUCCCGGUUCCAAGCGCUCAUUUCAGAAUGCUCAGAAGAACGAUGCCUCUAACCAGUCCGCCAAUGCCUUUCUAGACGCCCAGCACGAAGGAAAUGCUGGCGUCGAGUCGUUACAGGAAUACAGUAACCUGCAAGACCAAAAUCUCGAGAACCAGAACGGUAGCUCUGAGCAUGCCAACGCCACAUCCACUGCCGCGGCAGCACUCGGCAUCUACCCAACGAUGACUAUCCCGCAGCCAACUGGUGUCCAAUUUCAAACCCAAGGCUCGGAAGGCGAUGCGAACCAGGACUCAUUUAUGGAUACCAGUCAGCAAAAUGAAAGCUAUAUGGACAACUCCACUGCUGGGACUGGCAGGCAAGGGAGCGGAUCAAAGCCUGCUGUUGGUUCGGAAGAGUGGCACAAGGUCCGGAAAGAUAACCAUAAAGAGGUUGAGCGCCGUAGGCGUGAGACCAUUAAUGAGGGUAUCAACGAGUUAGCAAAGAUUGUGCCCGGGUGCGAAAAGAACAAGGGCUCGAUCCUGCAACGCGCAGUAUCAUUCAUUACUCAGCUCAAGGAGAACGAAGACCAGAACAUCGAGAAGUGGACUUUGGAAAAGCUCCUGACCGAGCAGGCUAUCGCCGAGCUCAGCGCAAGCAACGAUAAGCUGAAGGCAGAGUGCGAGAGGGCAUGGCGCGAGGUGGAGACCUGGAAGAAGACGUGCCAAAGUGCAGGCUUAGCCCCGAAGAAGGAAGACACUGCCGAGAUUUAAACGUAUCACGACAUCCUCCAAAAUGGGCGGCUUGGUCAAGACUUCACGAUGCAAUGUUCAACUCAACCCUCGGGGCUCUGAAAAGGAUGAUGAUACCCUGAUUCUGGGAGAGGGGGAUCCGAACCUUUUUUCGAAUCUCAUUUAGGCGUAUCUGUUACUAUGUUAUUCUUUUAAAUUAUUCUUUACAUUCUUACUAAAUCCUUGUGUGUUUGACGUCGGGGAUUGGUUUUUCUGCAGUGGAUCGGGGGUCGCUGUAGCAGUAGGGGGUUUCUGCGGAUUAUCAGGUUAGGGAAGGGAUGGCUAUCUGGUUCUGACGUUUGGACGCGAGAACUUUAGACGACAGAGACCUUUCUAUGGCCAUAUUGCCAAGGCACUUGAUAUAACCUAUGUACCGCGGUCGUUGCGUACGGUACUAGAGAAUGACGGCGGUUGUUGUUCUUAUAAAAAAUAUUUGAUGAC